UUUACAUUUGUAUUAUUUGUAUACAAUUCUCAUAUACGUUUGAAGCGAUUUAUCUAAAAAUCAUUAAAAAUGGGAGAACGCAAGGGCCAAAACAAAUACUAUCCGCCGGACUAUGAUCCUAAGAAGGGCGGAUUGAAUAAGUUUCGCGGCACCCAUGCCUUGCGGGAACGUGCACGUAAAAUUCACAUGGGCAUCAUCAUAAUACGUUUCGAGAUGCCUUAUAAUAUCUGGUGUGAUGGCUGCAAGAAUCACAUUGGCAUGGGUGUCCGCUACAAUGCCGAGAAGACCAAGGUGGGCAUGUACUUCUCCACUCCCAUUUACAAAUUCCGCAUGAAAUGCCAUUUGUGCGACAAUCACUUUGAGAUUCAAACAGAUCCUGGUAAUUUGGACUAUACGAUACUCUCCGGGGCACGCCGCCAAGAGAAUCGGUGGGAUCCGCUACAAAAUGAGCAGGUGGUGCCAGAAACCAAAGAAGUGCAAAAGCGGCUCUUCGACGAUGCCAUGUAUAAGCUGGAACAUCAGGCCAAAGAUGUCAAGGCGGCAAGCGAUGCCAAACCAGUGCUACAGAAGCUUGUGGAACGGAAUCAAAGUGUUUGGGACGAUAGCUAUGAGGCAAAUUGUCGCCUACGUGCCGAAUUCCGACAACAGAAGCAAGAGAUCAAAGGGCAACAGGAACUGGAUCGUCAGCUUUUGGCCAAAAGUAGUCUGGACAUAGCUUUGCUGCCGGAGAGCAAACAGGAUCGUGAAAUGGCAGCCUUAAUGAAAUUGCAAACCAAAACAGCCCUGGAAAGGGAAGCUGAACAGCGUUUGGAUCUUCUCAUAAGACCAGCUCUUCCAGGCGCCACCACAACCACGUUUGGGGGCACCAAGAGACAAAAGGCUCUAAACUCACAGUUGCAAUUGCAGGAUUUGGGUAUAAAGCGCAAGUCAAAAGAAGUUGGGAAACCUCCCGUUGUAAGCUUGGUAGGAGACUAUGCCAGCUCCUCCUCUUCCACCUGUUCGGAUGAAGAUAAUUCACCUGAUUGAUGGUAUAUAAUAAUUCAAAAAUUUAAUGUAAAUACAUAUAUAAGUCUUAUAAGUUGUAAUUAUUCAGUACAUUGAUUGACUAAUUCUGGUCUUGGACUCAGGCUGGGUCUGGCAUUGGCACUGCCAUUGCUAUCAUUGGCCCCUUCCGGCGCUUGAUCAUAGAGAACGGCGCACAAACGCUUACAGAACUCCAUAUGCUGAUUUGUCUUCAUCACAUCAUCCAAUAGCACUUCAAUGUUACGCAAUUUGGCAUAGCAUUCAUCGCGUGAUUCCGCAGUGCUUCCACAUUUAAUGGACAAUGUUUGAAGUUCUCCAUUUAACUCGUCUAUAUCGACGACAUUUGGGGAUGCAUUUUCAAUGAUUGCCACUGGAGAGGGCUCUUUCUU